AUGACUACUUCGGGACUAGUGACACCGCAUUCAAGGCCGGGCACGCCAGCAGAUCUUCAUUCACCAACACCUUCAGAUCAAUCGAAAUUCUUGCAACCACCCACGUCGUCAAGCCAGCUGCAUCAUGUUUUGCUGGGGGGAGGCUCAUUAUCGUCCCACGCCCCCACGAUAACUUCGGGGUCAGGGUCGCAUCCGAACCCAUCAAACCCGUCAUCGAGCAUUUCACUGCCUUUUAAACACACUAGUAACGUGCCCUCGUUUGAAAAACCCAUUUAUGAACAGUUGUUGGCCAUGUACAAAAAUUUACUAUCGCUCAAGAAUAAUAGAAGCAAGUAUAUAAAUCUGAAAGAGGUUUACCAAAUCUACCACGAGUUUCUCAACAUCAUCAAUGAUUUGAAGUUGACUCGAAAAGAUGAAGAGUUGAAAGGCAUCACGUUGCAGCUCCCCAAUGGGAACGAUUUGAUCAUUGAUGACAAUUUCCAGUUGCUAAGCUUGUGUUUUGUCACUUGUGGACUAACCAAGUUUGCUCCUGCAACCUACUCGAGCUUGAGCACCGUGAUGAAACUAUUGACGCACUUGAAAGAAUGCAAAGUGUACACGAUGGAUGACUUGAACCCCGUGGGAGCCCGGCUAGAAGAGAUUCGAAAUAUCAUUUUAAACAGCCACGACAACUACCAGGACGAAGAUGAAACAGCCGAGCAAAGCGAGCAUUCGCUGCAGAGCCACCAGAUUGAAGAAACCUUGUUGAGGAAUAAGUUGAACAAGUGUGAGACCUUGUACGAUCAACUCGUUGACAAUUUCAAGAAUUUCCCCUCCGAUUUGGAACCAGUAUACCACGAGUUGGUUGAUAUCCGACAACAGAUUUUGAACUUGUUUACAGACUACCACGACGACAGUCCCGAGAAACAACUUUUGCUCAACAGCAGAAUAGCUGCUAUUAAACAGGAUUUAAAGAAUAUUGAGAAAUUCAGAGACGAAGGCGACGGCAAAUUCCAUAGUAAUGAAACAAUCGACGAGCACCAAUUGGAUUCUGUCCAACCAGUCUUGAACGGAUUGAUUGACGAUUGUAACAAUUUGAUUUCAGAUUUACAAAUGCAUGACGAAGAGUUAUCGCUCGAGUGCCUCACCAUUCACGAUGGCGAAGAUGCAGCAGAGUUGAAAAACCAAUACGAUGCUCUAUACCGGCAACUCCAGGAUUUAAAACUGACUUUGGAUAAUCUAUUGAUCACUAGAAGAUGGACCUUGAGAGAAACAGAUCUCUAUAGUUAUCAAAAGAGUCUCAAAUCAAUUGACGAACAGAGAAUGCGAGCUGUGCAACUGACCCACAAGGGCAAAUUCAAAAAAUACCAGCUUCUCAUUUUGUAUUUAUUGCGUCGUUGUUAUUCAAUCAUCUACAAACUAUUAGAAAGCAGUGAACCUGUCAGCGAGAGCUUAACACCAAUACAUAACCAACUUUCCACGGUGAAACGCUGUCUUCUCGAAUUGAAGCGAGUUGACGGGGUAAACAACUUGCGUGAGUUGUACCCUUUCCAAUUCAAGUUGGCAUCAAUCGAUAAUCUCCGCAAGGAUGGGAAAUUCAUUGUGGAUACCACCGUCCCUGAAGGCCAGGGGGCCCUUUGUGCUCUUUUAUCGGAAUGUUUUGACAUUUUGCAAGAAAUGAAGAUUGAAGUGGAGGAAAAAGAACUCGAGGAAGAAGGAGACGAGGACAUUGACGACGCCAUCACCGGCAGCAUGAUUGCCAAUGGCGGAAGCUUUACCAACUCCAAAGAGGACCCAAGUGCCAAGGGUGAAUACGAUGACGUUGAAGUCAAGAGAAAUAGAUUCAAGGAUUUCAACGAAGCAGAUUACGACUUGGAUAGCAUUUCGAAUUUCGACGAGGACGAAGAGAUUGAAGAGGAGAUGAGCGAUAGUGAGUACGAGGGUAAUGAUUAUUAUUGA